GUAUCAGCUGAGAUCAAGUUAGUGUGCCGCGUGACUCCUCUCAGCAGUGACGCUCUGAGAGACUCCAGCCACACUCUCCCUCCCACCCUGGCCACACCUCACCUCCCCCAGCCACAGUACUUAGAACAUACGCAGAUACAUAUACUCAUUACUCACCCUAUUCACCUCCCAGUCUAGAGCAUUCGUUUCUAGUCACAUCUCUGUUCCUAGCCAGAUUUUUGCACCAUUCCAUUUACAUAAACUUAGUCAAAUCAUAAAUCCAUGUUCCCUCCCACUUUCUUUAUUAGAUUAGUAUUCCAUUUUCACAUCGUUCCUCAUUGUCCUCGUUUUUUCAUCCCUCGUCUUCGCAGUACAAUGAGUCUACAAGUUAGUUUUAUUAAGUAAUUAUUUUGAUUCGUAUAUUUUGAGUGAGUUUGUAGUUUCUUUUUAGUACAAACUUCCCGUAAAGGCAGAACCUCCCCUCCUCCUUCUUCUCUUCCUCUUUUUUUUUCCCCUUCUCUCCUCUCCUCGUCCCUCUCCUUCCCUCCUCCUCCUCCUCGUCGUCGGUGAAAUGGGUGUUGCCAAGAAGCCUCCAUGUGGCGCGGUGCCGGCCCGGGUGGCGCUGGCGAUGCUCACCUCCGCGGGGGUCGUGAUGCUCUACGUCCUCCGCAUCAACAUGUCGGUGGCCAUCGUCGCUAUGGUGAAACCGAUCCCUCUUCGACCCUCCCCCGACGACGCCACAGGGAACGCCUCGGCCCCCCUCACCGCCCCCACGCCUUACUGCAUCGCCGCCACCCCUUCCUCCGCGCCGGUAAAUGUGACGGUGGAGGCUGAGGUGUGGUCGCGUGAUGCCCAUAACGGUACGGAGCCAGGGAGCGCGGAGCCGGACGAUGGGUCAUACCAGCUGUCCUUGACGGGUACGGAGAAGGGGAUGGUCCUCGGUGCCUUCUUCUACGGCUACUUCGCCACCAAUAUUCCCGGAGGACGCCUGGCGGAGGAAUACGGAACCAAAAAGGUCUUCGGCGGGUCCAUCCUUAUCUCAGGGGUGUUGACGCUCCUUACGCCCGUGGCUGCGAGGGUCCACUACGUACUCCUCAUCCUGCUCAGGGCUCUCAUAGGACUCGUCAACGGCGUCGUGUAUCCUGCCAUGAACGUGAUGGUUUCCCGCUGGAUCCCUCCCCUUGAAAGGCCUCGCUUCAUGUCCUUCACCUAUAUGUCCAACACUCUCGGCACCAUCAUAACGUUACCCGUGUGCGCCGUGGUGGCCGACACGAUGGGGUGGCCCGCUGUUUUCUACAUCAGCGGCGCGGCGUCCCUGGUGUGGGUUGCCGCCUGGGCCCUCCUGAUGCACGACUGCCCCAGCGAGCACCCGCGGAUCAGCCAGGAGGAGAAACGUUACAUCCUGGACGCCAUCAGUAAGGGAACCACGAAGAACAAGCCCCGCCGCACCCCGUGGAAGGCCAUCAUAUGCAGCGUGCCUCUAUGGGCCACCACCACCGCCCAUAUCGGCAGCAUGUUCGGGUUUAAUCUCCUCCUCACGCAACUUCCUUCUUAUAUGGACAGCAUCCUCGGCUUCUCCAUCACCAGCAACGGCCUGCUCUCCGCCUUGCCCUUCCUCUCGCAGUUCUUGGGCAGCACCGGCUCGGGGGUGCUGGGCGACUGGCUGCUGACGAAGGGUUACCUCACCGUCCACACCUCCAGGAGACUCUUCAACACCACCUCCCUGCUCCUUCCCGGCAUCAUCCUGGUGGUGGUGGGCUACGCGGGCUGCAACACCGCCCUGGCCGUGGCUUUGCUGUGUCUCGGCAGCGGCUUCAGCGGCGGCAUCUGCUCCGGACACUUGGCCAACCACCUGGACCUGUCGCCGAACUUCUCAGGCACCAUCCUCGGACUCAGCAACACACUGGCGUACAUGGUGUCGAUGUGUGUGCCAGUGAUCGUCGGUGCCAUGACUCCAGGACAGACCCUUCAGGAGUGGCAGACAGUGUUCUGGAUGACCGGCGUUAUGUACACCGUCACGUGGCUCGUCUUCCUCGCCUUCAGUUCGACGGAGAUUCAGUCCUGGAACUACGGGGAGGACCAUCAGGUGGAGAAAAAGAGGAAACCUGACGGGGGAGAUGCGAAUGGGGAAGGAGUGCAAGAUGUAGAGGAGAAAAAGCUGUUCCUCUCUUCUAAUGGCAAACCUCAGAUAGUGUAGAGAAGGAUGGAUGAGUGUAGGGAAGGAAAGUGAAGGAGGAACGGAAGAAGAAGCCGGAUAAAGAAAACAUGAAGGAGAAGGAAGAAACGGAUUAGACAGAGGAAAAGCUUCGUCACUCACCUAAUAACAAACCUCAGAUAAUACAGAUAAUCAUGAGGCAUAUGGAGGGAAGGACGGGAGACAAAGGAAGGGAAAGAAGAGAAAGCCAGAUGUAGGGAAGACGGAGGAUGUUAUAGGAACGCAAACGAUAAAGAAAACUGUCUACCUAUCUUGUUCUCAGCGACAAUAGUUAUAAUAGUCAAAAGAGGGGCAGAGUAAGUGUAGGGAAGGCCGGGAGACGGAGGAAAGGGGAGACGAGGAAGGCAGACGAAGGAAAAACGGAAAAAAGGAACAGGAACUAAAAGAGAUAAGAAAAGGGUACACCUAUCUUUUUCUCACAGCGACGAGGCUCAGGCACCGUUGGCAGAUUAUCGUACUCAGAGCAUAGUAUUUACCGGUUUCUGACGCAUAACUAUUGCCAAGAAACAUCAGGAAUUUACUAUUUUAACGAUAAUUAUAAGUGAAUCUCGUUAUUGAGGUCCAGAAGAUAGUUUUCGGGUCGGAAGUCGGUAAAUAUGAGGCUGAGUACGACAAUCUGGCGACGUUGGGCUCAGGCAGGGUUACCAAAUUAUCGUAUUCAGACACUCAGAACAUCGUAUUUUCCAGUUUCUGAGUCACAGCUAUCGCAAAGAAACGCCAAUAAGUAAUGCUUUUAACGAGAACUUUAACUGGUAUUUCGUUAUCUGUGUGGGAAAGAAAGUUUUGGGCCCUGGAACUGAUAAAUGCGAUGUUUUGAGUACGAUAAUUUAACAACUCUGGUCUCAGAUAAUGUAGGUAAGGAUGGAGCAAAUGUGGGAAAAAGAGUGAGACAGAGGAGAGACGGAGAGGGAAGCCAGACGAAGGAAACACGCGAGAAAGAAAAAAAAGGAGACAAGAAAUAGAUAAGCAAAACGGUCGUCCUCUCUUCUUCUCUUAGCAACAAGCCUCAGUUAAAAUUACCAUUCCUCAAACUGAACAGGGAGAGAAGGGAAAGCCAGUCGGGGAAUACACGGAGAAGAAAACAGUAACACAAGACAUAGACUAUACAGAUAAGAAAGGUCUUCAUCUCUUCUCUUAACAACAAACCUCAGUCAAAAUCCUUAUUCCCCAAACUGAACAUGGGGACAAUUAAAAGAGUAAGCCAGUCGGGAAAUAAACGGAGGAAAGAAGAGGAACAAAAGAUAUAGACGAGAAAAAUAUAUUCCUCUUCUCCUCCCAGUGAAAAGUCUCAGUUAAAAUUAUACCUCAAACUUUUCCUGAAACUCGAUAUUCCUUUCGGCAUUACUCUCACUAUCUACUUUGGAGCCUCUUAUCAGUACUAAGAUCCCUGUUCCUCCCGUCUACUUAUCAAUGUAUGAAGAGGCGACCCAGUUAGUACAUAGGCAAUUGUGAACCUGUACUCUCAAGAAGCCUGGUAUAGAUAAAGAGGGGAAAGUGCAUAGAUUAGGCGAUGAAGAGACAGGACUAACACAGCAACAGAUGAUCUCAUUGACAUAUAUAACGCAGAAAAAUCUCACGUGAAAAAAUGUAUAUAUGUUAAUGCAAUCUCACUCAUGUUUUUUGCUACUUUCGUUAUGUAUAUUUGUUUUGACUCUUCAAUAACUUACUUUUUUAUGGUUAUCAAGUUAAAUAAAAAAAGGGGAGUCAG